AUGCUGGUGGGGGAGCAGGAGAGGGGAAACGUUGGAAAUGAGGACCGGGAGAGAAGUAGCAUAAUAGAGAGAGAAAAGCAGGUGAAGUGUGAUGCCGAGAACACAGAGGCGAGGAACAUGGUCGGCGAGGCUCGUGGCGGUGGCCAAGGCGGAGAGGCGCGUAGCGGGGAGACCAGGAGACGACCCCCCGCCCAGUGCCAGGACUUCCCCUACAACCCUUGCACGGCUCCCUACCCACCCUACAACCCCUACCUGACUCCCUACAACCCCUACCCGUCCCCCUACCCACCAAACAACCCCUACCCGUCCCCCUACCCACCAAACAACCUAUACCCGACUCCCUACCCACCAAACAACCCAUACCCGACUUCCUACCCACCAAACAACCCAUACCCAGAUCCAUACAACUACUCCCAGGCACCCUUCCCACCCUACAACCCCUUCCAUGAACUUUCCCCAGCCAGCGACCCCCGUCAGCCACCCUUCCUACCUAACAACCCCUCCCAGGCACCCUUUCCACUCGGCGCCCCUCACCAGAUGCCCUUCCCGCCCACACCAACAGCAUACCUCCCCCCACCCCUGCCUGCCCACUUCGAGAGGUGGCACAAGUUCCGGGCGCCUCCUGCCGGUGGACGCGGCGGGGCGGCGGGGGACGGGAGCAGCAACAAGUGGAGGAGCGCCUUGUAUGAGCCCCACCGUGCCUCACGGGUCCCCCUUGCACACCCAACGCCGCACGCCCUCCACCGCGACGCCCUUGAGCUGAACAGGACUGCUCCCGAGGAGCUGGAGGAGGAGCCCCGGCCCCUCCUGGUCGCGGAAGAGGGGCCCUCUCCCCUCCUGUACCUGGAGGAGGCGUUCCGGCCCCUGGUGGACCCGGGGAUUACGAAGUUCUUGUCCUCUGCGCACCACCGCCGGGCCGCGUGGGUGGCGGUGCUGGCCAAGGCCUGGGUGCUGGCGUGGCUGAAGGCCACCAGUGAGAUGAUCAUAGAUCUUGAGAUGAACGGGCGGGUGGAGGAGAGCUACGAGAGGUGGUGA